UCCAACAAGCCAACAAGCCAACACGUCAAACAAAGCCAACACGUCAAACAAACCCAACAAGUCCAACAAGCCAAACAAGUCCAACAAGCCAAACAAGUCGAACAAGUCAAACAAACCCAACAAGUCCAACACGUCCAACAAGCCAACACGUCAAACAAAGCCAACACGUCAAACAAAUCCAACAAGCCAAACAAGUCCAACAAGUCAAACAAAACCAACAAACCCAACAAGGCAAACAAAACCAACAAGUCAAACAAACCCAACAAGUCCAACAAGCCAACACGUCCAACAAGCCAACACGUCAAACAAAUCCAACACGUCAAACAAAUCCAACAAGCCAAACAAGUCAAACAAAACCAACAAACCCAACAAGCCAAACAAAUCCAACAAGUCAAACAAGCAAACAAAACCAACACGCCAAACAAGCCAACACGUCCAACAAUCCAAACAAACCCAACAAGUCCAACAAGCCAACACGUCCAACAAGCCAACACGUCAAACAAAGCCAACACGUCAAACAAAUCCAACAAGCCAAACAAGCCAAACAAAACCAACAAGCCAAACAAAUCCAACAAGUCAAACAAGCAAACAAAACCAACACGCCAAACAAGCCAACACGUCAAACAAUCCAAACAAACCCAACAAGUCCAACAAGCCAAACAAGUCCAACAAGCCAAACAAGUCCAACAAGCCAAACAAAACCAACAAGUCCAACAAACCAAACAAGACAAACAAAACCAACAAGCCAAACAAAUCCAACAAGCCAACAAAACCAACACGUCCAACAAGCCAACACGUCAAACAAAGCCAACACGUCAAACAAACCCAACAAGUCAAACAAAACCAACAAGUCCAACAAACCCAACAAGUCAAACAAAACCAACAAGUCAAACAAAACCAACAAACCCAACAAGUCCAACAAACCCAACAAGUCCAACAAACCCAACAAGUCAAACAAAACCAACAAGUCAAACAAAACCAACAAGCCAAACAAAACCAACAAACCCAACAAGUCCAACAAACCCAACAAGUCCAACAAAACCAACAAGUCCAACAAACCCAACAAGUCCAACAAACCAAACAAACCCAACAAGUCAAACAAAACCGACAAGUCCAACAAACCAAACAAGUCAAACAAAUCCAACAAGUCAAACAAAACCAACAAGUCCAACAAACCCAACAAGUCAAACAAAACCAACAAGUCAAACAAAACCAACAAACCCAACAAACGGAAGUUAA